CCUAAAUAACAAGAAAUGGUGGAAAAAGCAUCGAUCGAGUCCAUACAAUGCUUCGGUCGCAAGAAGACGGUGGUAGCAGUAACCUACUGCAACAAAAGGAGUGGUUUGAUCAAGAUCAACGGUGUUCCCAUCGAGCUUGUUGAGCUUGAGAUCCUCCAUUUCAAGGCUGUAGAGCUAAUCCUUUUUCUUGGCCGCCAACAUUUUGCUGGCAUUAACAUGAGGAUCCAAGUUAAAGGCAAAGGCCACACUUCUCAGAUCUACACUAUUUGUCAAAUCAUUGCCAAAGCCCUUGUCGCUUUUUACCAGAAGUACGUUGAUGAGCAAAGCAAGAAGGAGAUUAAGGACAUUUUGGUCAAGUAUGAUAGGACUUUGCUGGUGGCUGAUCCAAGGAGGUGCGAGCCCUAGAAGUUUGGUGGAACAAGUGCUAGGGCAAGGUGCCAGAAAAGUUACCGUUGAAGAAAUUUUAUGGUUUGUUUGGAGAAUUGGGUUUUAUUGUUGUUCGAGAGAUGAUAUGGCUAUGUUCAUUUUGAGUU